CAUGUUGUGCACGAAGCUCUCUUGAGUUUGUAAAAAAGUAUAUUUUUCACAUGUUCAUGCAAUUUGCGCCUCAUAAAACCAGUGUAUUGACUUAACCUAAUAUUGGACACCGUGAUGGUUUAUCGUUAUCUGUGCCUCGUCUAGCUAUGCAAAUGUCGGCCUGAAAAAUGAAAGUGAAAGCAGUUUCUGCAGGCCACGGGGGAAGUCCGAAGACAAAAUCAUAUUUCUCCAUGCUUUAACAACUCCAAACUACACCAGAACAGUCGAUAACACUUUCGAAGACAACCAUGGCCAAUAUUUCAACAAUUUACAAGCUAUCGUUUCUCGCCUUUACUUACUUCAUACAAGUCUAUGGGACCAGCUGUCCAGUUCUGGAGUGCUGGUUUGUCCAGGAGAAACCAGGUCGAGGUGGGGGAUUCCCUGCUGCAAUGAUUCAGGAGAAGGCACUGCUGUAUAUCAAUACAGACCCAGAGAGUGAACAAACCAAGUCACAGCAGAGACCAUCUGCAGACAUCAGCCAUGAUAGAGUCUACUACAUCACUGACCCAGCAGCCAUCCUCUGCAGUUCCUCUCUGCACCCACCAGAGGGCUCAGUCCAUAAACCACAGUGUGAGAUAAACCCCUUCAUGACCCAGCCCUCCACCGUUCAAUGGGCAGUCCCGCUCACUGACUCUGCCCACAGUCCUAUCUACCUGCAAGCUGACUGGUACUCUGCAGCCUUGCAGGGCCUGGACGGACAGCUGGCCCUGUCCAGUGUCAUGCGUGCUCCCACGGCAACCAAGGAACCCACUGUGGUGCUCAGUGUGUCCAGUCGAACCCCCUUGGUCCGUUCCAGACUCGGGGAACCGGUGGUUCUAGACUGUGGGUUCUGGGCGGAGGCCUCUUCUCCUCUCUCUGGCUCGGGCUUCGCCGUGGAGUGGCGCUACCAGUUCAGGGGCGAUGGCCGUCUGGUCCUGGCCUACGACGGCAAGACUGACCGAUUUGCCGAGACCAAGGAAAAGGGAGCGGGGCUAGACUUCACGGCUCUGCACGAGACAGGAAAUGCCUCACUGAUCCUGCAGGAAGCUGAAGUGCGCCACACAGGGACCUACAUCUGCACGGCGUACUUGCCCUAUCUCCUGGCUCAGGUGGCAGUGGAGCUGGAGAUUGUAGAGCCUCCGUCCCUCUCCAUCUUCCCCUCCCCGCUCCCUCUCUCCGUGCCCGGACAGGUGGUGAAGGUGCAAUGCGAGGCGUCAGGAUUCUUCCCCCUCUCCCUGGAGUUCUACUGGGAGUUAACAGGGCCUGACGGCAAGGUCAGGCCCCUGGGUCAGGGCAGCGUGACAGGCCACAGGCAGGGCCCAGACAACACCUACAGCCAGACCACCCGUCUGGAGUUAGACUCAGCCAAGCUGGACCUUGGCCGUGGGGGGGAGGUCACAUGUGUGGCCGUCCAUCCUGGAGGCACCCGGCGGGCCAGCGUCACCCUCAAUGUCAUCGGUGUUAAUGGUCCCUCCAUUGAAGACUCCAUGGCGAUGGUUGCCGUGGCCCUGGGGCUCUAUGGUUUAAUCAAGAUCGUCUCCUGGACAUUUAGCUCUGGUAACUACAAUCGGUUUGAACUAAGAUACACAAAAAAAGAUGUUGAAGCCGUGAAGCUACAGUGUGAAUGUGGAUCUUUCAAAUUCAUUUGGAUCUUGUGUGUCAAUCUAAUGCUUGACCUUUUCUUGCCUUUAUAGGGUCCGAUGAUACUAACUCACAAGAGAAGAAAGUGAAGUAAAUGUGGAAACACCUGGGAUUCCGUGGUGAGUGUGUAAUGGAACCAACAAAGCUGGAAUUUCAGGAAUAAAAGUGCACCGUUUUGUGGAGGGUGGUACACGGAAAGAAGAUAUUGAGUUUCUGACAGCAGUUGAAAAUGAACGAUCUAACAAGUGGUCGGGGGAAUAAAAAUAUUUGAUUGGGUGACUGAUACGGUUAUACAACUGUGAAUUCCUCUGUAGAAGAACUCAAGAGACUUGUGCACAUGAGCGUAUGUACAUAUGGAUGUAGAUAGUUGUGUGCUGUGUUAUUAGUGGUUCUAUUGGGUUAAUUGACCCUGGAAUUAAAGAUUGAACCCUGUCAUUAUUGGCUCUUCUAUUGAUUCUGAAGGUGAACAUUAAGACAAAAUCCUUUCAAUUGGAAUUAGUAAUUCCCUGGAAGUGUGUUUAUAUAUUGUUUUCAUUUAGUUUGUUUAGGGUUUUAUUUAAUUUUUAUCUUACCUUGUAUAGACGGUAUAUAGGCUAUAGUGAUGUUUUGUUUUUUGCUAUUGAUGUUGCUACCACCACAUCAGAAUUGUUAGAUUAGUGUAUUUGCCAGGAAUGAGCAACAACUUUGAGCUAAUGAGGACUAUUUGUGAUGGGAUGUAAUAAAUUCUUAAUCUUCAAAGCA